AUGGAGGGGGGAAGGACGCGUCAGACGUGCGAAAGAAAUGCCAAACGCCGCGAAGCGCGCGACGCGGGCGUAGCGGCGCCGAUGACGUGCCUGCUCGCCGUUCGCCGCGUUCGCGCUGACGACGGGGGAGUAGUUCGGCGGCACCUCCGACGUGAACGCGUUCAUCGGCGACCAGAGCUCGCCGCUCAUCGUUCGAGCGGUCGAGCUCGCGCGUCGCACUCAGCUCGGAACGACGAACGAACGGGAGGGUUGCCAAAUCGUCCCCGCGCUCGCGGAGCGCUCCGCGAAGGCGCCGAGAGCGCUCGCGCCUCAGCGCGACCGACGGCUCCGACGACGACGACGGGCACGGGAAUCGAACUUCCCGCGUCGCGUCGCGUCUCUCGCCGCGGUGUCGCGCGCAAUGCCGCGCCCGCGGCGCCGAUCUCGCGUUUUUGGCUCUUCCGAGGUUUGCGACAGCUCGCGAGACGAGAUUCGAACCGCGGCGCGGUGUCGUUUUCGCACUGUCACGCGCGCCGCCGCCGCCGCCCCGCCGUCAUGCGACAGCCUCUGCUCGCGUCCGCGCCGCGCCCGCCGCAAGGGCCGGUGCGAAGACACGAAUCCGCGGACCCUACGCCCCGCGGCGACGUCGAAGCGUACGCGCGCUCGCGUCGGAAGCACAACUGGAGCGAAAAGUUACAGCGUCUCGAAUCCCUGGACUACGAAGUCAUCGACAACGAACGGUUCCGCCAGACCGGGCGGCACACCGCGCGCGUCGCCAAGUUUACCAUCACCGUCGUCAUCGGCGUCGUCGUCGGCGCCGUCGCGUUUUCGAUCGAAACCGCCGUCGACGCCAUCACCACCUGGCGCCUCCGCGGGCUGUCGCUCGCGCUCGCCGACGCGGAAGCCGCCGGCGUCGACUUCGCCGGCACGCUCAUCCCCGCGUGGCUCUCCAUCGCGCUGAGCGGCGCGUCGCUCGCGUUCCUCGCGUCCGCGCUCGUCGUCGUCGUCGCCCCCGCGGCGACGGGCGCGGGCGUCGCGCUCGUGAUGGCGACGCUCAACGGCGUGGACGUCCCCAAGGCGCGUUCUCUUCUGAGCGCGCGCGCCGUGCUCGUGAAGAUUAUCGGCACGGCGCUGAGCGUGUCGAGCGGCCUUCCCGUCGGCCCCGAGGGCCCGCUCGUGCACAUCGGCGCCGGCGUCGCGUCGUUCUGCACGCGUCAGCAGCGCAUGCGAUGCGGCGAGCGCGUCGUCCUCAGCACGCACGGCGUGCGCGGCUUCGACACGUUCCACAACGACCUCGAUCGGCGGGAUUUUCUCAGGCGCGUUCUGCGAACGUUUUUCACCCGCCGCUCGGCGCGUUCUAUCUCACACUGGUCCCCAUACGACCCCGUCGGCGUGGUGAACGCCGAUCCUUAA